AUGGCCAAAUUGAAAGCAACUGACGACGCCGCCAAGGUGAAAAAGCCCAAGAAGGACGCAGCCGAUAAUGACAAGAAGACUAAGCGCAAGCGCGAGGCAGAGCCUGAAGCGGAACCAUUGACGGUUGAGCCAUUGGCGACGGCGGGUACUAAAAAGAGCAAGAAACAGCAGGAUGAGGGCGUUGAACCGCCUCUUAAGAAGGCCAAGCGUUCCGCGAAGGCCAGCGCUUCGGACGACACGGAACCGCAGCCGCCGGCGGCCGCUCACCAGGCGCCGAUUACGGCCGCUACUCCUGCAUCGGAGCUAGGACUGGACCGGUUUCCGCUGUCGGAACAAGUUAAAUCGAUGCUUCGAAGCCAGAACAUCGAGUCACUGUUCCCCAUCCAGGCAAUGACACUCGAGCCAGGCCUCGCAGGAGUCGAUGUCGUUGGCCGCGCGCGGACUGGCUGCGGCAAGACUCUUGCCUUUGUCCUACCCAUUGUGGAACGAAUUCUGGCUGAGCAACGAAAAGGUGUAGCAGCUGGCCGCGUCGCUGGCCGCCUGCCCAUCUGCAUUGUGCUGGCACCCACUCGAGAGCUUGCCAAGCAGGUCCAGGAGGUAUUUGCCAACGUUGGCAAGGCGGCUAAUCUCUAUACGCUGUGUGUGUACGGCGGAACACCGUACGAUGGCCAGGAGACGGCGCUAUCGAAGGGCGUGGAUGUCGUGGUUGGCACCCCGGGCCGCAUUAAGGACCUUUUGGAGCGCGGCACCCUCAAGCUCUCCAACAUCAGGUUCCGCGUUUUGGAUGAGGUCGACCAGAUGUUGGCGAUGGGGUUCAUUGAGGAUGUGGAGACUAUCCUUAAGGCGGGGGAGCAGCAGCCCGACUCAAUUCAGACGCUGUUGUUCUCCGCGACCCUGCCCAAGUGGGUCAAGGGGCUCACGCAGCGCUUCCUGAGACCGGGUCACCGCUUCAUGGACCUGGUGGGGGACGACAAGAUGCAGGCCGCCGUGACGGUACGGCAUCUGAUGCUGCCGUGCUCGUACCCGCAACGCGCCGGGUUGCUCAAGGACCUGAUCACGUCGUACGGUGCCGGUGGUCGUACAAUUAUCUUCACGGACUCCAAGAAGGAGGCGGCGGAGCUGAGUGUGGUGUUGGGAGAUUCUUUGGGCGCGCAGGCCCUUCACGGCGAUCUGGCCCAGUCUAUGCGCGAACAGACUCUAGAUGGCUUCCGGAAGGGCCGCUUCCCCGUGCUGAUCGCCACUGACGUUGCGGCUCGCGGUCUGGAUGUGAGCGGCAUUGAGCUGGUGCUGAUGGUGGACCCCCCCGCCGACUGGGAGACGUACAUCCACCGGUCGGGUCGUACGGGCAGGGCGGGCAGCAGCGGCACCUGCAUCACCCUGGUCACCAAGAAGAUGGAGUACAUGGUGGCCAUCAUUGAGGGGCGUGCGGGCAUGAAGUUUGAGCGCAUCGGUGCCCCCCAGCCGGCCGACAUGGCUCGCAUUGCUGCGGAGCGCUCUCUGGCCUUGCUGUCGGAGGUGGACCCCGCCGUGGUGGAGCACUUUAGGGACGCUGCGAACCGGCACCUGGAGGAGCAGGCGGCGGACGGCCGGGACCCCGCCGAGGCGCUGGCUCGUGCCCUGGCCAAGAUCACUGGCUACAAGGAGAUGAAGGCUCGCUCCCUUCUGACGGCGCACGACGACUGUACGACACUUCUGUUCACGUGCGAAGACCACACCAUUGAGAGCCCUAGCUCUGUGUCUGUGUGUCUGUGUUUCUCCGUCGUGUGUAACCCGCAACAGGUGAAGCGCAUGACGGUGACAGCCGACUCGAAGGGCGCUGUCUUCGAUGUGCCCUCGGAGCUCGCACAGACGUUUCUGGACGCGGCGGAGGGCAAGAGGGGCAUUUCGGUGACGCUGCCGUCAUCCCUGCCAGAGCUAAAACCGCGGCCGGAGCAGCCCAAUGGAGGCAGCGGGUACGGCAAUGGGUACAGCAACGGAUACGGCGGCGGCGGAGGGUACGGUGGUCGGGGCGGCGGAGGAUAUGGUGGUCGCGGCGGCGGCGGAGGAUAUGGUGGUCGCGGCGGCGGCGGAGGGUAUGGCGGGCGUGGCGGCGGCGGCGGAGGGUAUGGCGGCAGCCGCGGCGGUGGCCGAGGGGGCGGGCGGGGGGGUUUUGGAGGCCGCGGCAGGGGCAGCAGCAGGGGUUGA